CAGAGCGGAUCUGUUGCUGUCAUGUCGGCUGCGAUUGCUGCUCUAGCUGCUUCGUAUGGUUCGGGUUCGGGAUCCGAAUCAGACUCGGACAGUGAGGGCAGCCGGUGUCCGCUGCCAGCCGCGGACUCUCUCAUGCACUUGACCAAAUCGCCUUCAGCCAAGCCCUCUCUGACCGUGGCGGUGGACUCGGCUCCGGAGGUGGCAGUUAAGGAAGAUCUGGAGACUGGAGUUCACCUUGACCCUGCUGUCAAAGAAGUUCAAUAUAAUCCUACCUAUGAGACCAUGUUCGCUCCUGAGUUUGGACCAGAAAAUCCCUUUAGAACACAGCAAAUGGCUGCUCCUAGAAAUAUGCUUUCUGGAUACGCCGAGCCAGCACAUAUCAAUGACUUCAUGUUUGAACAGCAAAGAAGAACAUUUGCCACUUACGGCUAUGCACUGGACCCCUCACUGGAUAACCAUCAAGUGUCUGCUAAGUAUAUUGGCUCUGUGGAAGAGGCUGAGAAGAAUCAAGGUUUAACUGUAUUUGAAACUGGUCAGAAGAAAACAGAAAAAAGGAAAAAGUUCAAAGAAAAUGAUGCAUCUAAUAUUGAUGGUUUCUUGGGACCGUGGGCAAAAUAUGUGGAUGAAAAAGAUGUAGCGAAACCUUCAGAAGAAGAACAAAAGGAGUUGGAUGAAAUCACGGCGAAGAGGCAGAAAAAAGGCAAGCAGGAAGAAGAGAAGCCUGGGGAGGAGAAGACAAUCCUACAUGUUAAAGAAAUGUACGACUAUCAAGGCAGGUCCUACCUUCACAUACCUCAGGAUGUUGGUGUUAAUCUAAGGUCAUCUGUGCCACCUGAAAAAUGUUACCUACCAAAAAAACAAAUUCAUAUGUGGUCUGGACACACAAAGGGUGUCAGUGCAGUCAGGCUGUUUCCUCUCUCUGGACAUUUGUUGCUGUCGUGUUCCAUGGACUGUAAAAUUAAGCUAUGGGAAGUUUAUGGAGACCGGCGCUGUCUGAGAACAUUUAUUGGUCACAGUAAAGCUGUGAGAGACAUCUGCUUCAACACCGCAGGAACACAGUUCCUCAGCGCAGCCUACGACAGGUACCUUAAGCUUUGGGACACUGAGACAGGACAGUGUAUAUCAAGAUUUACCAACCGCAAAGUGCCCUACUGUGUCAAGUUCAAUCCCGACGAAGAUAAGCAGAAUCUCUUUGUGGCUGGGAUGUCUGAUAAAAAGAUCGUGCAGUGGGACAUUCGCAGUGGAGAGGUCGUUCAGGAAUAUGACCGGCAUUUGGGAGCUGUCAACACUAUUGUUUUUGUUGAUGAGAAUCGAAGAUUUGUGAGUACAUCUGAUGAUAAGAGCCUACGAGUUUGGGAAUGGGAUAUCCCUGUGGAUUUUAAGUACAUAGCGGAGCCCAGCAUGCACUCAAUGCCUGCGGUGACUUUGUCUCCCAAUGGGAAAUGGCUAGCAUGCCAGUCAAUGGAUAACCAGAUCUUAAUUUUUGGAGCACAGAACAGAUUCAGAUUAAAUAAGAAGAAAAUUUUUAAGGGCCAUAUGGUAGCAGGCUAUGCUUGCCAGGUGGACUUCUCACCGGACAUGAGCUACGUGAUUUCAGGAGACGGAAAUGGAAAGUUAAACAUUUGGGACUGGAAGACCACCAAACUCUACAGUCGCUUUAAAGCCCAUGACAAAGUGUGCAUAGGCGCAGUAUGGCAUCCCCAUGAGACAUCCAAGGUCAUCACGUGUGGUUGGGAUGGCCUCAUUAAAUUGUGGGAUUAGCGGGAUUAGUCCUUUCACUGUCUGGGAUCAUUUUUGAUCCAGUGUUAUAUUUAACUAUUUAAUUAUUAAAAUGUGUUGGAUGACAGUUUGAUGUAUAGCUAAUCUUUUUAUAUUUGGCCUUUUGCAGUCGGCCUGUUUUUGUUAAGAGCUUUGUAUAUUUGCUUCAGAUAAGUUCAUUGGCAACUUCAUUUUGUUCCUUAUAGAUGUUAUUUAUAUGAAGAAUGACAAUUGACUAUGUGACAAGUAGCUUUUGUUGGCAGGCAGUUUGCAUUUAUUCCUGUGAUGUCAUUAAGAGGAUUUUGGGGUCAAAAAAAAAUGCCUAUUGGAUAUGAGAUCCUACAGGAAGUGAUGUAACUAAUGACUAAGAAAGGUACCAGGUACUUAGCAACCCAACCAAAGUGGCAGUAGAGGGAAGGAAUUAUAUCGUGUGAUUUAUAGAGGAAGGCUGAAACCACCCAGAAGUACUGUUUCUAUGAUUUUCACUGAAUCAAGUUCUAGUCUUUUGCGAGUUCCAUUAUUUUUUAUGGCCUGUGUUGAAUAUUUUUACUUGUAAAUAGUGACCUUCAUUGGCUGCAGCAUUCCUCUAAUUAUUAAACAAUGUAAAAUUAACAAGCAGUCCUCCCCAGUUUCCUCCUUGUCUCUUCCUGGGCAGGGUGAGCAGAACGUGAGGUUUUCUCUGAAGGUUGAGACAAUGAGCAGCCAAGGCUUUGCGUUUUCCUUGUAAUCACUGUCAGUAAGGGCCUGGCCGCACUCUCAGAAACCGAGGUGUCUAGGGCUCUGCUCCCACAUCGCUACUCAUUGUAAUGAACUCCCUCUGGCCAGAGCAUGAAGGCAUAAUCCAAAAUACCACUUGAAGUCACUUUUUGUCUUUUAAGAUUACUCUGAUUUUGCUUGUGAAUACGAACAGUAAAACUUCUGAAAGUUAGAAAAAAAAAUAAAUUUCUUUCCAGAUCUUAGGUUUGAGAGGCAGGAACCAUUUUUCCCACUUUUUAAAUCACAUGUUGAACAUUGCACUGCCAAGCCAUUGCCAUUUCUAUGUCUUCCAGGAAGGGUGGCCUGUAGGAGGAAAGAUUCCAUACACAACUUCUCUGUCAUCCCUAACACUGUCUUAACAAAUGUGAAUUACUGAAAUGUGUAUGGUAAGAGAAAGACUUCAACAGCAGUAUUGCAUGUUACGAAUCAUAAUUUUGGAAUCUCAAUUUCUCUUAUUAUGCUUUUGACUGUUUCUAAACAAAGUUACUGUACAUAAAAGUUUUCUCUUUUUGAAAAGAUCCUAUUUUUGAAUAAAGUAUUCUUUUUGUAGA